AUGUGUCAUGCGCUCAAUUUCGUUUGGAAUCGUGUUUUUCAGCAGUCAUCGCGUACAUCAGCCAGGUAUCGUGGCCAGGGACGACGAUGCUGCCAGGAGAACUGCUGUGCAAAACGCCCAUCGUAUGGUGAGGCCCACGGCAAGAAAGCAGAGUUCUGCUCGCAGCACAUGCAGCCGGGUAUGGUCAAUGUCGUGAGCAAGAGGUGCGGCCAUCCAGGCAUGCGCAACGGGGCAUGGUCUCAGUUCGUAGUAGGAGGUGCGACCAUCCAGGCUGCGAGAAAUCCCCGUCGUAUGGGAAAGACGGCAGCAAGACGUGAGUUUUGCUCUCAGCACGCCAAGCCAGGAAUGACAAACAUCAUGACCAAGAGGUGCGGCCAUCCAGGGUGCAUCAAGCACCGAACAUAUGGUAAAGACGGCAGCAGUAAGGCGGAGUUCUGCUCUCAGCACGCGCAGCAGGAUAUGUCGUUAACAAGAGGUGCUCUCAGCCAUCCAGGCUGCAUCAACCAACCAUCAUUUGGAAAGGACGGUAGCAAGAAUAUCGAGUUCUGCUCUCAGCACUCCAAAGCAGGAAUGAUCAAUCUGCGGAAGGCCGCGUGCUGA